AUGAAAUUUGAAAAAAGGAGGGAAGAAGACGAAUCGUCUCCUCCCAUGCGUCUGACACUUGUCACAGUAUACUGUUGGGAGAGCAAUAUGAGUCUUGUAUAUUCAUACUACAUUAGACUUGGUGGACUAACUAGAGUUAUUGGCAUGCAGUGGGAGAGUGGUUCAACAAUCUUUACCGGGCUCCAUCUUGUCGAAUAUGCUAUUAGUUCUUGGAUGUGCCUUUUUCACUGGUGGGUUGUUCAUCAUCCAAAAAUCCAAAGUUUUGACAAGUCUACAGCUGUAAUGAACUCUGGCUUGUUGUUAAUGGCUGUGAUGGGUAUAACAUUUCCAGCUGUGCUCCAUUUUACGCAUAAUGAGGUGCAUCGUGGCAAAUCAGAGCUUUCCCUUUCAAGAUUUAGUAGCGGUAUCAUGCUAGUGGCAUAUGCAAGUUACCUAUACUUUCAGCUAAGAAGUCAACACAAUCUCUAUGAUCCAAUUGAUGGGAUAAAUGGGGAUGUAGCACUCAGGAAGAUAUUCUGUGUCCAUAAUUGA